AUGGACACAAAGGUGAAUGACGAGUUCGCUAAACGGCUGAAUAUGAGAUAUGGUUUGAUCAAUGAGUGCACAAUUGUCAGAGGAAAGAUACACAGAUCUCUUCGAAUGAUGUUGGAUUUCUUGGUGAAAGGAAAACUCAAGAUCCAAAUGGACGACUAUGUCAAGAACAUGUUGGAGGAUUUACCAAUCAAGUUCAGCAAGGAUUCAAAGCAGGAAACACCAGCUGGUAACAGUUUACUGGAAGCUGGCAAAGGGAAGUUACAGUGCUGGUUACCGUAA